GUUACGCGUUCCCAUCCCAGUGUGCCCCGCGCGAUUGAUUUGCGCAUGUCAGUUGGCCGCAUUGCAAAUGGCGGCACCUUGUUAUUGUCCAUGGCGUUUUACGACUUGUCCGCUCGCUCCAACGUCGUCGCCGCGAGAUAAUGUCGCCGCCGCCGCAGCGCACGGCCUCGUUGGCCCAGCAGCAGCAGCAUCAGCAUCCCGAUGCGCCGCUCAGCUCCUCGUGAUCCGCGACUCGUCUCCGCAGGCAUCGUUGCAGCCGUCGUCGUCGCGCCCCUGCAGCUAUUAGAAGCUGUGAGUGCUAUACCCAGAAUCGAGAGAGCCAACGGAAGAGACGUCGCCAGCAGCAGCAGUAGCAGCAGUGAGUAGAUCGUGGUACUGCAGCGAGCGUGCGACCAUAUAGAAUAUCGAGAGUAUUCUCAACUGCAGACUCGGCCCCGACGCCGCCAGGAAGGCGACGACACACCGACGAGAGAGUAGUGCCCGUGUCCGUGUGUCUAUCUAGCUACAUGUGUAUGUGUGUGCCUCUCUGCGCUGGUGAGCCAGGGCAAAAACUCACGCGGCCCUCGUAUACAUAUAUAUACCAAGUGUCUCUCGGUGUGUGAGUGCGCGCGCGCUACAUCGUCGUCGUCGUCGUCGUGCUGCAGCUCUACCCUGCCGUCGGGGAUCAGCAGGAGCUGCGCUAUCUCUCCCUCGCGCGAGGAACGGAGAAAGAGAGAGAGAGAGAUAGAUAGAUAUAGAGAAAGAGCGAGAGAGAGAAAGCGCGCGCGCGCGAGUGAUACACGACUGUAUAUACAUAUAUCCACGGAUAUAUACGUGUGUGCGUGCGUGCUCCGAAAUAAUAAAAGAGAGAGAUAGAGAUAGAUAGAUAGAUCGCAGAAGAGGAUAGACAUGGUGUAGCUGCAGCGGUCACAGGAAUAGCAGCCCUUUACUCGAGAGCGAGAGAGAGAGAUAGAGGGAGAAAGAGAGAAAAAGAGAAAAAGAGAGCAGUAGCACGAGUAUAUAGAGACGGCGAUUGAAAUGGGGUAACGUCUGGCCGCCUCAUGCGCGCCUUCCUCCUCCUGCUCUAGAAAGAAAAAUUAACUCAUAGCACUGGAGGGGUUGGGGCGCUCAACUGCAUACCGUAAAACGGGCAUCUUGCUGUGCAGAGAUUAUACUGAUACCCUCAGACGUCCCAGGCUACCCGGGUAGUUAUGUGAUUAAUUGUUGAAAUGGCGGCAGAUAGUGAUGGUGAUCUUAUUGAAACAGUGAUAACGUGCGAGGGUGAUAUAGGGGAUCCUGAAUUUCCAGAGAAGUUUCAAGUCAUUGUAGAUCAGCUCAAAUCUCUUGUCUGUAAAGAUAAAGAACAAGAUUUGAGAGUAGACAAAGUAGAACCAUGGAAUUCGGUAAGAGUAACGUUUUCCAUUCCCAAAGAGGCUGCACUGAGGUUACGAGAGCUUGCAGCCCAGGGUUCUGCAAGUCUAAAACAGCUUGGAAUACUCUCAGUCCAAGUCGAAGGAGAUCAAGUGAUCUCUUUGAGGAUAGCUGGACGAUAUGGAGGAGAAGCACAAGAAAUCGUCUUGCAAUCAGGACCAUCAACAGAGAGUGGAAGCAAAACCCAAAGUGAUACCACUAAUAGUGCAGCUAGUAUAGACAACAAUGCUACACCUGUGCCUGGGCCCAGCAAUGCCUCCAGCAUCGCGGCAACUCUGUGCAAUGUUGCCCAGAUGAUUGCAGCUGGGCCAUCGACGGAAAAGCAGCCGCAGUUCCGAUCGCCGAACGUAGUGGCACCGACGGACUGCGAACCGAUUCCGCCGUUUCUCACAAAGAGCGUGCAGCCAAGCGUGGCUGGUGGCAGCGGUGUCGUUGGCGGCAUCGCUUCGAAUCAACAGCAAGUGGCAAAUGCGAGUGGUUCGUCACCAAGGACCAGCUACAAUGGACCAUUUCCCUUUGCCAGUAUGACGCACGCGGCCCAGGCCAUACAUAGCCGCGAAGCUUCUCAGGCUCAGGGACAAACAGCUGCUGGAAUAAAGAGUACAGUGCAAUUCAAACAUCACAAUCAGCCUCCGCCGCCCUACCCGGCCCAAGACGGCAUGGCGACCGUUACGUCGCCUCAGGCCAUUCACAUGACACCUCAAACGGUGUCAGCGGUCGGUCCUCCGAAUCAGUACAAAUCGCCGAACGUCAUGGCUUCUAGUCCAUCACCGAACGGUAAUAUCGCAAUUUCUGCGAACCCGGUGAUUGGUGGCGCGACCACCAGCGGUGGCAACCAGGUCGUUCUCUCCAGUCCUCUUCUGGUGAACCUCCUGCAAAACGAUGGCAGUACGAGUUCGAGCGCGACGUCUAGCGCUGUUCACGUCAAUGCGCAACAGCAGCAGCAGCAGAAAAUGCUGCCUCCGGCAGGGGUUGAUUGUGCCAAUAGCAUGACAAAUCGUAUGCGGCCGCAGAAAAAGCCAACAGUCCGAAGGAAAGAUCUUGUGGUGUCGCCGAGUGUCUCACCGCCGAGUCUUGAUUCUCUUAGGACGGAGGAUCUUAUUGUCUCAUCGGGAGUCAUCGCGGACCUUGGCCAUGGACCAUCGGCUUUUGCUGCGGUCAAUGCCGGUCAGACGUCAACAGUGCCUCAGCAGCAGCAACUUAUGCAAGCUCCACAGCAGCAGCAGUUGUUGCAGCAACAGCAACCGCAACAGAUGCAGCAACAACAGACGCUAGUUCCAGCGGCGGUGCACACACAAGUACAAAUACAGCAAAAGUUCCCUGUGAGACAGGAACUGGCUUACAGGCCCGCAAUUGCUGUCGGUGUGUCACAGCAACAAAUUCAAAUGCAGAAUCAGCUGACUGCGAGGUUUCCUGUUAAUGGCCAACAAGCGAGAACGCCUCUUCAACAGAGGCAACAGCUGCUUCUGCAACAGCAACAGCAGCAGCAACAGCAGCAGCAACAACAGCAGCAGCAACAACAGCAACAGCAGCAGCAACAGCAGCUUAGUCAGCAAGUUUUGCCUGUUCAGACACAGUUAAUGCCUCAACAGCAAAUCGUCACGUCACAAUCAAUACAAGCUUCUGCCGGAGCGGGACAACUUCUACAGCAGCAGCAACAACAACAACAGCAUCAGCAACAACAGCAGCAGGUGCUGCAAAACGCGUCUGUUGGAGUAAACGUCAAUCAGCAACGAUUGGCUUACAUAGGACCUCAACAGGCACGACCGAUGCAAGCUGCGGCAAAUCUGGUGGGUCAGCAAACACCUCCACCUUAUCCUCGAAUACCCCAGCAACAACCCCAACUUCAGCAGCAGCAACAACCUCAGGCUCAGCACUUAGGUCCCCAACAGCAGCAAUUACCACAGCCGCAGUUAAAUCAGGGCAUGAAUGUACAGCAACAGCUCCACCACAAUCAACUGCAAAAAAUGAAUAUUAACACAGGAGCGACCAACGACUUUCGCUACGGUCAGAGUCAGAAUAUACUGAGCAGAAAUUACCAAGGACAGUCGGCCACGGUCACAGCAUCGAGCAUCGGCGGUGAAUCCAACGGGACCACAGAAACAGCCACACCUGCCUGGGGCACCCAGAACAUUCCUAUUUCGCAGGGUGCUCAGGUAAAUACAGCUCAGCGAGUACCUGUAGUUUCCGGUUCCGUCGUGUCAUCUGCGGCGUCAGUUGCGACAACAGCCUCUACAAGUCAAGCAACUCCCGGUGCCUGCACCGUUCAGAGCAGCAGUAGUAUGCCACUGAGCCACACGGCCAACCACAUAACUACAACAGCGACAACAGCCUCAUUAGCGCCAACGUCGACAACGACGACGCUAGCGAAGCCUUCGGAAACAAGCAGUGGCGAGGCUACGAAGACAACCACAACGGAAGAGGCACCGAUCGAACCCGAAUUCACAUCUUCGGGUAAGCCGCGUCAGUACCUCAUCAAUCCACUAACGGGUUUGCUCGAGCCAAUGCCUAGCGAUACCUCGGACUCGGAGCCCGAGAGCGCUCUCGAAACUCAGGAUGAUUUCUUCUCGUUCCCCUCACCGUCCAACGAUCGGUCCAAUUCAAUAUUCUCGGACGACGAUGCGGAUAGUAAUUUCUCCAGAAGGAACGAUACCACAACCAAUACCGAUCAGUCGGAUUCUGAGAAUACGGCGAAGUCCACUGCAAGUGACAGCAGCCUUAAGCAUAAUAGGCUUAAGCCUAGCAGGGAUUCGAAUAGUCCUAUGCCCACGGAAAAAAUCAAACUGAGGCUAAAGCUGGAGAAGUCCGAGCCAGUUACGCCAGCGUACAAGGUGGAUGUCUCGUUCGUGAAUACGCCACCGGUGCGCAAGGCCGACAAGUCUACAAGCAAAUCCGCCUUCUCAACUUCCUCGAAUCUACCGAACGUGAGCGUUCCCUCGACGGGAAAUACCGGUACACCUUUGGUUCCAACGACGAGCACGACGCCUGCGACGGCGAUUGCAACUGGUGGGUCAAGUCCCGGAGUUGGAGGUACGGGCUCAACGUCGGCUGAAGAACCGCGGGUGCCACCGCUGCACAUAUCGCUGCGCGGGCGCAACGCAUCGGUUGUGCAAAUCGGUAAGAAAGAGAAGAAGUUGCUGAAGGAGUCGACAUCGACAGCAGAGCUCGACUCGGCGAGUGUCAAGCGCCGGGGUAAGCUCAAAAAGAUAAAGGAUGGCACCGAUGGCAAUAAGCUAUUACAAAAGAAGUCUCUUAAUACGAUUAUAGGUACUUCGUCCGCCUCCAAAUUGCCUUUGUCGAAUUCCACCAUGGUGAAUAGCGCUAACGCCUUGGUGAAAAUGAACAAUACGCUUCAAACGACCCUAGUGACCAAGACUAAUGCCUUAAAACAAGAGAGCAGCAGUAGUACGAGUAGUAGCGGUGGUAGCGGAAACGCGUCGCCGAUGGAGGUUGAGCCGAGGUUACAGCAGAGUUCUACAACCACAGUAUCAACGGCAACAAUUGCAACGACGACGACAACGACGUCGGCGACGAAGCAGCAACCACAACAACAACCACAGCAACCAGCAAGCAAAGUUGGCGGUGCCAGCGAUGUUGACGAUUUACCCCUCAACAGCAGAAUACCUUCACCUCUUAAGCACAAAUCUUCCGUUUUGAAUCAGCAGGCGACGCAAAACGCGCAGCAACAGGCCACCGGUGAGUCUGAUGUGCCCAAUCACACGAGCGAGCAUAAAAUUGGUGGAGGCAAAACAAAAAGAAGAGAUUCGAAGAAAAAAGCAGAGCCUAGUGAGGGCAUGCAUCGAGAGCAGAAUCUGCUCACAGGAGGUCGUCUUGUGGACAAUCAGGCCAAGUGGCGGAAGCUGGGCUACAAAGGUGGUGAGGCUGUAGCAGUUUCUACUGGUCAAACGGUAAAGAAAACGAUAGCUGUGACAGGAGCAACGACGGGGGCCCCCACGACAACGCCCACUUCCGGCAAUGAUCUCAACGUGGUGAAGAGGGUAGGCGAAUUAAGGCGGACAAGUGAUGGUGAUAUCGUCAGCGGUAGAGUCGCCGGUGAGAAGGCAUCUGCUGCGGCUUUGAAUACAAGACAGCCCGAACCUAACGGCGUAAGGAAGGAUUUGGUCAGCCAUCAGGAGAAAAGGAGGCGGCUGAGCCUGGUAGAUGAGAAGGAUCUGCAUAUAACAGAAUCUCAAAGUGUGGAAACGACGCAGUUGAUGAGUCAGAAAUCUAUAUCGGAUACGGUAUCUCAGCAAAAGGCAACGUUAACCACUGUGCAGUCAACAGGAGCGAAGAUCAACUCUAACUCGCCUUUCGAGAACGAAAACAGUAACAGCAGCAAUAGUCCUGUGCCACCAAAGAUUACGAGUUUAGCACCGCAGCCUGUGAUUUCGACAAGCCUCGACAGCAAAAUAACCACGUCGACUACAACGACGCCAAUGCUCGCGGAAAUGCCAUCUUUACCGUCAAAAACAACAGUAACGCAGUCGUUGAUAUCAACGACGAUAACGACAACGACAACCGCGGCUGUAAAAACGACGUUAGUAAGCAAACAGCUUAAGACCGAGGUGGUAGACGUAAGCAAAUCUCAGAAUGUCAUCGCACAGACUCAGAAGCUGAAAAAUCACUCACUGAUCGCGACAAAGAACGAUAUUAACAGGCUUGCUUCUGCUGCGCUGCAGAUGAAGAAACUUGCGCAGAACCAUCACGUUCUUGGCAAGCAGACCAACAUUGUGCCAAACGUGAUCGAGACGGUGCAACGGGUGAGUUUACUCAAGACCAAUCCGGCCAUAGAAAAGAUCAAUGAACAGAUGAUCAGCAAGCAGGAGCCCACUUCUAACAUAGUUCAACAGCUUACUACUGGUAAGCCCACCUUGCCUAUUGGAGACAUCAACGUUACUGAAGCAAAGGUUAAACAAAAAUUGUUAGAAAGCGAGAGUUCGGGUAAUCCGGCCGCCUUGACCAAUAUCGUCGAGCAAAAUCCUAAUAACAACGUUGUUGUUGGUGGCACUGGUAAUGGUGGAAACAGCAGCAACACAGGUGGCGAGGAUAGUGGUAUCGAGUCCAUGGACGCAUUAUCAGAGAAGUCACCGAACCAGGGCGAAUCUCCCUUGCACAGGCCCGCUGCCAGCCAAGAAUCCGUCACCACUACGUCGUCCGUUAAUAAAAGCAGUAGUAGCUUACAACAGCAGUCGCAACCACAGCAGAGAACUGAAGUGCAGGCCUCGGCUCCGCAACAACAAACCACCAAUAAGAACAACGUGCCUUCCUCAACCGUUAGUAACAGUAGUAGUGAUAUGUGUUCAAAUUUGCGGAGCGCUGAAAGCAAAGGCAGCUACGAGAACCAUCUGGACAACGAGUCCGAAAAGACUAUUUCCGUUGCACCGUCUACAACUGAAUUAACGAUUGCAACGACGACAGUGACCACGGCGACAACUACGACAAUAGCACCAAUACCGGCUGAAGCAGUAGUGACAGAAGAAAAGCCAGAAAAGGUCCAAGAGAAACCGAACAAUCCGCUAGUGACGGCCGCUCCGACGACGAUAUCGGCUGUGCUGAAGGUGAAAGACGACGACCAGUCCAAGUGCGCGAAGGACUCCAAGGACUCAGUGUCGUCGGUAUCGCCUAAAUUGACUGCACCUCUGGUGGCAGAAAAGGUGAAAGUUAAGUGUGAAGUAGAAACCGAACCCGAGAGCAGUAAUCCCCACAAGUGCGAUCCGAGUAGUAGUAGUGUCGGUGUGAGUAGUGAAAUCGCAAUUGAAGCCCCGGCGUCGACGAUGAAAACGACGACGACAAAGGACGUUAAAAUCGAAAAUGCUGGUGCUGAGGUGGCAGUAGAAGACAAGAAACCCGCAGUUACGACAAGUGCGGACACUUUGACUAGGUUAGCCGACGAGGAGCCCGCUCGUAAUCCUCGUGAACAGAGUAAUAACAAUAAUAGUGUAAACAAUAAUAACAAUAGUAACAACAACGGUGUGCCUGUAAUCCAAAAUCACGUCGCGACUAAUGUGGUCAAGAUAGAGAAGUCUGAGAGUAACGUGGACAAGGCUGAGGUGAGUGGUAGCACUGCGACAUUGAUGACAGCGACGAGCCCAAAGCUCGAGCUGAAGUCUUCGGUCGAGCCAAAGGUCGAGGUUAAAGAGGAGGAGCCGAAAAUUGACGAUACGAGGCAACAGCAACAACAGCAGCAGCAACAACAGCAACAGCAACCGUCGCAGCAACCCAAAGUGGAGAAUAAGGAAGUGAAAAAGGAGGUAAAGAAGGAAGAGCCCUCUAAGUCCGAGUUAGUAACCGUAGAUCAAAGCCAAAAAUCCAAUGUACAAAGCCAACAGCACAGCAGCGAGUCAACGGUGAACCCGUCCAAAGUCGCGGAUGAUUCCGCGAAGAAGGUGACGGCGAGCGAAGCCACCAGCAGUAGCACCAGUGCCUCAACCAACACUACCAGCACCAGCACAACCAGUAGUAGCUGCGAUCUGAACGUUCAGUCGCCCCUGGCUGGUGACGAUCCCCAGCCGAUUCGGAUAACGCCGCCUCUCUAUACGUAUUCUAAUCCUGUAGUACUGCAGAGAGACGACACUCCGAGCCCGGCGCCCCAGACUCCAACUGAGGCGGAGCCCGCAGAAGCCGUCGUAGCUGCAGCCGCAGCAGCAGCUGAACAUCUGAAGCGCAAGCGACGGCGAAAGCAGGAACUCGAGGGACGGCAGGACGUGAUUUGUCUCGAGGAGAAUGACGAAGGAACGACGAACGCGGCGCAGUUCAACAGCGUCGAGGAGUACGGUACCGGUAAGCAGCCGCGAGGGCCUGCGAAAUCGCUACUCGAGCAGCUGCUGAUCGAGAUACCGAACGACUCGGGCACCAACAGUGAAAAGCGCUCGCUGCGCACAAGGUCGCAAAAGUCCUCGACGGCUUUGAACAGCCCCGACGUCGUCAAAACCAAGUGUAGUCCCCACGAGCGUCGCAGCAUCUCGCCGUAUGCUAAGGCAAAGCUGCAGCCGGCCGCCGCUGCCGGCGCAACGACCAAGCUCUCACCCGUCACUGCCGCCAAUGUAUCGGUCGCGACUGGAGUGACCGCCACCAAGACCACGGGCAAACGCAAGCGGCAAGAGAGCGAGAGCAGCGUAGCGUCGAAUAACGAGGAGCAGCAGCAGCUGACGCAGCCAAGGCCAGGUAAACGGAAAUGCUCGGAGAACGCUGCUGGACUUAUUAAGGCUUGCAUGGGCGUAGAUGAGAGCGCUGGUGGUCCUGUUAAGAGGCAACUCGCUACUGGCAAGGAUGAAACAUCUAAGAAGGGCUUCAACAUACUGUCCAAGAGCAAAAAAGCCCAAGGGCCAAUGCUUGUGGACAUAGAAUCGUCCGACGAAGAACAUUCUAUUGAAAUAUCUGGGAAGGUAAAAAUAAGAGCAUCGGAUGAAUUGUGUACCGGAUCACCAAAACCCAAAGAUCAAAAGAGCAGCGGCGGAGCAGCAUCAGGUAGUCACCUACACUCGAAUGCAGUAACCUAUAACUCUGGCAAUGGUAGGACGCAGCGCGAAAGCCGGAUGCUCACGAACAAACAGCUCCAGCAGCAACAGCAACAGCAGCAGCACUCGCAGCAACAACAGCAAAGCCAGUCUCAGCAGCAACAGCAACAGUCGGGUGGCGGUGCGGCGACUGCCGGCGGACCAACGAUUGUGAAAGAGCGGCUUCGCGGUAGCUCCGUCUCGAGUAAUGAGUCCGUUGGUCUUGGCGAGAUGACGACUCGACGUUCGGUUCGCCAGAGUACCGCUUCGCCACUUGCUGCACCGGCCUGCAAUACAAGGGGCGCCUCACGCUCCAUGGAAGACGUUAACCGGAGGAAGACCCGGAGUGGAGCUGCCGUGACAGCUGAGACAGCAGAGCAGGCGAAGAGGAGGCGAAUAUCUCGAGAAAACAAAUGACCUUCGGAAAGCGACCUUGACAGUGAUUAGCUACCGUCGCUCGUCAAGGCCACUCUUCUCGGUCGUCUGCCUGCUAUUAAUGGUUAUACGAUCUCCUUGUGGCUGGACCCCACCUGGUGAGCAUCCUAUUGUUGAGCGAAAUCCAAAAUCAGUAAUAGCGCACAAGAAUCCGCUGCUCGAAGAGUCCCUGAUAUGGAGAGUGUUGAACGGAGGCACCGAAGGACUAUACUAGGAUUGUGCUUUACUACUUUUUAUCAUUUUAUUUUCCUUCUACUAUUCUGUAGAAACGAACUAAAAAUACCGACGGUAAGAUCACUGAAACAAAAUUGCUCAAUGUCCCAGUGAUUGUUAGUAGUCGAGACUUUUUUCCUUUAUUAUUGACGCGCGCAAUGUUGAAUUAGUGGAAUUCAGGCAGAUGUUUAAAACUAUAAUCGCAGAUAUACUAGUAUAUCUAUGGCUAUAAAAGUCGACCUCGCUAGCUUUCCUUGGUUCUCGCAUAUUACUGUUGAAAGACUCUUUAUUGAUUGCAAAUAUUUCAAAUGAUUUGGACCAGUCGAUAAUUUUUUCGUAAAGUAUAUUGAAAUUUUGUACUGUCUUCUUGAUCCAUAACUUCUUUUACCUUACACACGUUAACACUCACGAUGGUAAUUUGUCUGAAUUAUUUUUUUGAUGAAGUUUAAAUCAAAUACUAUAAACUUUCGAUAGCAUUGACAAUUAAAACGAUGUACGUCUAUCACUGCUGUCAAAUUGUACAAAGAAAACUUUUUCAACUUUGACAAGACUUGAACCUGACUAAAACGUAAUUUUGUCUGGUCUAUUUGAUAUUAAAAUUAAAUUUAAAAAAUACAGUUUUCAAUCAUGCCCACUAUAAGUGGUGGUUAAAGAAGGCCAAAUUCUGUAAGUAUAUUGCAUGAAUCUGACUGCAACUGCCGUAGUAUAAAUUUUAUUUUGUAAAUUUCUCAUACGGUGAAAGACAAGAUGAUGUCUACUAAAAAGUUUAAAUAGCGAAUAGGGUCAAGUCGCUAAAUCGUAGGUGUACUGAUAGACUUUGUUUGAAUUAUUUUCAAUCAUUGCGUACCGUUCAUACAUACAUAAAAUUAAAACUGUCAAAUUUAUAGCUUUAUUAAUAUAAUUAGAAUUAGGCUGUAAUAUAUAAUAAUUGUAGAAUUUGUUUCGAUCAGUUCUUUUGAAUACCAUGUAAUUCUCUAAUUUAUAUAACUUAUAACUUCGUUAUACUACAUGUUAUUUUUGCAAUAAAAAGGAAAUUUUAAAAAUUUGCCUCUAAAGGUAUUGUAAACAUAGUCUAUCAGUCGAUAAAAACUAAAUGCAGAGUUAACAGAGGACUGGGGUAUAGUAAUGUCACAAAAAGAAUGUAUUUUAUAUUUAUGAGAGAAACAAAGCAAAAUAAAUAAAAAUAUCGGCGAAUAAAUCAAGCUUAUAGAAUUACAGAGAUGAAGAAAUAAAUUGUAAUUAUUAUUAAAAUAACUUUGCGUGAAAGAGUAAAAUAAAAAGAGCGCAAAAAUGAUGAUAGAAUGUUAAAUUCGAUAGGUAAUAUAUGAAUCAAUAUAUUUUGUAAAUAAUUUCUUAUGAAGGUAUGCAAGGCACCUUUGUUGUAAAUAUCAAGCCUGUUCGAAUUUUUAUUGAAAGAAAAAACUAGUUAUAUUUAAAAUCGUGCAACUUCAUUCGUCAUCAUUACGAUUUACGUUUAAUUAAUUAUUACAUACUGCUAUUUCUAUAAUAAUAUAUUAUUGCUAUUAUUGAUCGUAAAACUUGUGUAAUUAAUAAACUCGUCGAUUUCUUCCUUAUUUAGCAUUACCAACACAAAAUAAAUAAAAAGUGCACGCAAACGUGACAUACAUUUUUCUCUCACCACUGUUUUUAUGUGAAGCCGAUACUCUAGUUUACAAUUAUUUAUACAUAUACGCGUGCGUACGCGACUCUUGAUGUUUUCUAUAAAUGAAAUAAAAGAAAUGAAAAUGAUAGUUUUCAAUUGCUGUUACUCCUUUUUCUCUCUAAGGUGAAAAAAGUAGCGUACGUUUUUGUCAACUUUUUUCAUCGGGUAAGGGUUCGUUCUUAUAAUUACAAUACAUCACAUGUUAUGUAAUUCUGUAUAAUAGAUAGUUGCAUAGAU